GGGAUUAACCCUGCGCUGGCCGGGGCGGAAGCUCUUUGUCUGGGGAAGGGGACCGGCCUCCCCCUGCGUCCGGGCGGGGCGGCGAGUGAAAUCCCUAUUCAGUAUUUUGCUGCAGGAGCCCCAGGAGUCUGGACCAUUCCAGCAGGAACAAGGGAGAGAUGCAGUUUUGAAAACUAGAGCACUUACCUCAGCUGGGAUAAGGCUGUUUUCACAAGACACAAAAUGGUUGCAAAGCACCGUGGUCAGAAGUCCCUGGGGCUGCAGAUCCAGGGUCCACUACAAGCUGUGCUACCGCAUGUCAAAGUGGAAACAGAAAAUCCAGCAGGCCCCAAACCACGGAAGGAAUCUGAGAGAGAAGAGAAAGACGCUGCUGUGAUGCCACCCAUCUCAGCAAGUCCCCCAUUCUCCUGGACAGGACGACAAAAAUCCAGCUUUGAGCCACAGGAGAAGAUCCCCCAGCAUUGGGAAAAUCAAAGUCAGGAUAUGCUGCGAGCCCUCUGGACCUCUCCUGAGGCUGUUUCGGCAUCAGCCCGGGCCUGGGGAAACCCAGAACUGCCUGAGCUCGCACCAGAGGAUGACAUCGAGGUCUAUUUGGCUUCCUUUGAGCAAGUGGCUGAAGCCUGCCACUGGCCCAGAAGAGAGUGGGUGACCCGACUCCUGCCCUCCCUCACUGGAAAAGCCCAACAGGCCAUUAGCAGCCUGGAUGCCAGAGACGCCCGAGACUAUGGGAAGGUGAAGGCAGCCAUCCUGCGAGGCUGCAACAUCAGCACGGAGAUGCAGCGCCUUCACUUCAGGCAGUUCCGCUACCAGGAGGCCAAAGGGCCCCAAGAGGUCUGCAGCUGCCUGCAGGAACUCUCCCAUCGAUGGCUGAAGCCGGAGAUCCGCACCAAGGAGCAGAUCAUGGAGCUGCUGAUCCUGGAGCAGUUCCUGACCAUCCUACCCGAGGAAAUCCAGAGCUGGGUCUGGGUACGUCACCCGGAGACCUGUGCCCAGGCUGUGUCCCUGGCAGAGGAUUUCCAGCUGGGACAGCGAGAGGCUGGAGUGUGGGAGCAGCAGGUCACCGUGCGCGUAAAGGUUGAGGAAAUGGAGACCCCUGAAGCAUUAUGGGAAUCUCAGAACUCCCAGCUGGAGCAACUUCAACCCAAUCACAAGUGUCUUCCCCCAGAGGAGGUUGGACAAAACAAGUCCAAGUUGCCCUGUGCUAAGGAGAAUCAAGCACUACAGGAAACUGGUGCCGGGAUCCUGAGCAGAACUGAGGAGCAGCCCUGUGAUGAAGGGCCUGAAAUCCUGCUGCUGCCCAGCGUACCAGAAAGGGGAUCGGGGGAGAGUGUUACUCACAGACGUGAGCAAGGAGGAGCCUGCAAGAGGCAGAAGAGGAGCCCAGCACACGAGACAGAUCCCCCAGGGGAACGUGACAGCAGAUUCAGGAGACUAACCCAGCUCCCUGCACCGGGGAGACCUCGGACCAUAGGGGACCUUCACCAUCAAAGCAAUUUUCUCAGGACAGAGAAACCCCACAGAUGUAGAGACUGUGGGGAAAGGUUCUGGGAAAAGCAGAAGCUUACAGAGCAUGGCAAAGUCCACAGGAGUCAGAGGCCCCAUCCUUGUGCUGAAUGUGGGAAGAGCUUCAACUGCCUAGCUCAUCUCAAGACACACCAGAGAACCCACACAGGAGAGAAACCCUAUUUCUGUGCAGAGUGUGGGAAACGCUUUGGCCACCUCUCCACAUUGACCACUCACCAGAGAUUGCACACAGGGGAGAGACCCUACUCCUGUGCUGAGUGCGGGAAAACCUUCACUCACCCCUCAGACUUGAACAAGCACCAGCGGUCCCACACAGGUGAGCGGCCCUACCCUUGUGCUGAGUGUGGGAAGUGCUUCAGCCAGCUCUCCAACCUGACUAAACACCAAAGAAGCCACACCGAGGAGCGGCCUUACCCAUGCACCGAGUGCGGGAAGAGCUUCAAGUACCUCGCUGAUCUCAUCGUGCAUGAGCGCUCCCACACGGGCGAGCGGCCCUUCCUAUGCCCUGAAUGCGGGAAGAGCUUCAGUAACAAAUCCUCCCUGGCCCGUCACCAGAGAAUCCAUGCCAGAGCCGCAGCCAGAAACACAAGCUCUCUUGUUACUCAGCUGCCUUUGACCACAACUACCAAUUCAGUUGUACUUAUGGGAGGUUUUGAUCAGACUACAUACACCCUGAUUCUGCAAAGGAGCUCCAUGUGAAUCAAUCCUGAAGAAUCAAUCCUGAAGCACUUGCAUGAGAGGAAAGUGAUCAGGAACAGCCAGCAUGGAUUCACCAAGAGAAGGUCAUGCCUGACUAAUCUAAUCGCCUUUUAUGAUGAGAUUACUGGUUCUGUGGAUGAAGGGAAAGCAGUGGAUGUAUUGUUUCUUGACUUUAGCAAAGCUUUUGACUCGGUCUCCCACAGUAUUCUUGUCAGCAAGUUAAGGAAGUAUGGGCUGGAUGAAUGCACUAUAAGGUGGGUAGAAAGCUGGCUAGAUUGUCGGGCUCAACGGGUAGUGAUCAAUGGCUCCAUGUCUAGUUGGCAGCCGGUGUCAAGUGGAGUGCCCCAGGGGUCGGUCCUGGGGCCGGUUUUCUUCAAUGUCUUCAUAAAUGAUCUGGAGGAUGGUGUGGAUUGCACUCUCAGCAAAUUUGCGGAUGAUACUAAACUGGGAGGAGAGGUAGAUACGCUGGAGGGGAGGGAUAGGAUACAGAAGGACCUAGACAAAUUGGAGGAUUGGGCCAAAAGAAAUCUGAUGAGGUUCAAUAAGGAUAAGUGCAGGGUCCUGCACUUAGGAUGGAAGAAUCCAAUGCACCGCUACAGACUAGGGACCGAAUGGCUAGGCAGCAUUUCUGCGGAAAAGGACCUAGGGGUGACAGUGGAUGAGAAGCUGGAUAUGAGUCAGCAGUGUGCCCUUGUUGCCAAGAAGGCCAGUGGCAUUUUGGGAUGUAUAAGUAGGGGCAUAGCGAGCAGAUCGAGGGACGUGAUCGUUCCCCUCUAUUCGACAUUGGUGAGGCCUCAUCUGGAGUACUGUGUCCAGUUUUGGGCCCCACACUACAAGAAGGAUGUGGAUAAAUUGGAGAGGGUCCAGCGAAGGGCAACAAAAAUUAUUAGGCGUCUAGAACACAUGACUUAUGAGGAGAGGCUGAGGGAGCUGGGAUUGUUUAGCCUGCAGAAGAGAAGAAUGAGGGGGGAUUUGAUAGCUGCUUUCAACUACCUGAAAGGGGGUUCCAAAGAGGAUGGCUCUAGACUGUUCUCAAUGGUAGCAGAUGACAGAACGAGGAGUAAUGGUCUCAAGUUGCAGUGGGGGAGGUUUAGAUUGGAUAUUAGGAAAAACUUUUUCACUAAGAGGGUGGUGAAACACUGGAAUGCGUUACCUAGGGAGGUGGUAGAAUCUCCUUCCUUAGAGGUUUUUAAGGUCAGGCUUGACAAAGCCCUGGCUGGGAUGAUUGAACUGGGAAUUGGUCCUGCUUCAAGCAGGGGGUUGGACUAGAUGACCUUCUGGGGUCCCUUCCAACCCUGAUAUUCUAUGAUUCUAACAGGCUCCUUUGGAGCUCGUUGCAGGAAUGGACCCUCAGUAUUUAACUCACUGACAUACCUCAUUUGCUGCUGUUCUGAUUUAUUUAUAUGAUUUCCUCUUCACCUGAUUAUAAUGAAUUUAACAGCACUCCCUGUCAAUUCAGUCAUUAGUGUACUUAACUCCUUCCCUAGUCCCUUAAUUAGUAAUUAGCUGUCUGUCACUCAUUCUCAUUACCCAAAUGUCCAACCAGUAUGCUCCUCCCUCCUCUGCUGCUUCACCCCUACCUGUCUCAAUAUCCACCAGUCUUAUCACUGAGACCCAUCCCUCUCUGAUCACCAUCUUAUCUCCUUUACAGCACCUGCUUCCCCCAUCCCCUUCAGGGCCCUCCAUCAUUUAGUUCUUCCCCCUGGAUCAAAUCUAACUUAUUACUAGAUUGACACACACCUCUUCCCCCCCCCACCCCCCCCAUUCUACCAGCAUCACCACAAAUAAACCUUUUCUUCUUACUCCUUUGCUUCCAUACAAUGAUGAGGGUUGGGGACAAUCCAGGCCCUUUGCACAGUUAUCCUCCCAAGUGUCCAUUACUCUCAGCAGCAUGGGCAGACCUCUCAUUAGUGAGGAUUAUGUAGGAGGGUGUUUUGGGACAGCCAUUCUCCUGCUUGUUGUGUCUAUUUCUAUAGAAGCUGGUUAAACCUUUUAAUAAAAACCAUUUAUGAGAACUGAA